CCCCGCCGGCCGGGGUCACCGCCGGGGUCGCCGCCGGGGUCGCCGCGGGAGAGCCGCAGCCUGACCGAGGUGGGCGGCGGGCCCCGCAGGAGGCAGCUGCCCCGCGGCUGGAGGCCGGAGACGGACGGCGAGGCCGGGGCCCGCCCGCUGCCCAGGAGCUACACCCCCGCCGAGCCCAGGCCGCCGUCCAGGAGGUCCCCUCCCCGCCAAGGAAGGUCGCCCCCGGCCGCGCUGCUGGGGGACCACGUCCCCGGGGCGGCGGGGCAGGACGGACGGGCCUCGGGGGACGACGACGACGACGACGACGACGACGACGACGACGACGACCCGGAGGAGCGGAAGGAGGCCGCCGGCCAGGGCCGGCGGGACCGAGGCCGGGCCUCGGUCUGCCGGGCCGCACGGGCCGGGCGACGAGGCCCGGGCUCGGACCAGGAGGCCCCGCAGACCCCGGUGUCGCCGCGGGACAGGAAGAUCGUGGCCCUGAUGCUGGCCCGGCACGAGCGGGAGCGGGAGCUGCGGGAGCUGCAGCUGCGGGCGGCCGAGGCCCGGGAGGAGGCCGAGCGCCUCGACCGGCGGGCCCGGGCCCGUCGGCAGCAGCAGCUGCGGCAGCAGGUGGCCCAGAGCGGUCAGCGCUGGCGGCGGGACCGGGACGAGCGGCGGGACCGGCUCCGCCACGAGGAGCGGGACCUGCGGGACGGCAGGGCCGAGGACCUGGCCCGGCGCGAGGGCCGGUGGAGGCGGCUGGCGAGGGAGCAGGAGGAAGGCCGCAAGCAGAAGCUGGAGGGGGCCAAGGGGCGGGCCGACCGCCGCAGGAGCGCCCAGCGGCUGCUGCUCGGGGAGAAAGAGGGGCAGGACCGAGACCUCCGCGAGCGGAAGGGCCUGGCCGCCGAGGAGAAGCUGGCGCUGGCCCGUCGGAAGAGGUCGCAGACCGAGACGGAAGGCAAGAAGAAGAUCCAGGAGGUCAACCGCGCCGCCCUGGUGAGCCACCGGGCCCGCCGCGCCCAGUUGGAGAUGCAGGUCCAGGCCGAGGCCUCCCUGAAGAAGCUGUCCCUGGAGCGGAGGUUCCAGCGGGCCGAGGAGAUCCAUCAGCACCUGCUGCAGGAGAGGCACCGAGAAAUCCGAGAUAAGGCCGUCAAGGAGGAGGCGCAGCAGCGGCUGGCCAAGGCCCGGGCCGAGGAGACGGAAGGGCAGAAGCAGCUGCGCAACAGGUUGCUGGUGGAGAUGAAGGACCAGAAGAUCCAGCAGGCCUCCAGGGUCCUGCAGAAGAACAUCCGGGACCGGGCCCAGAGGGUCAAGGAGGUUAACGGCAUAAGGGAGAAGAACCACUGUUUACUGAAGCAGAUGGCCGAGGAGGAGGAGAAAUGCCACCUGGAGGGAGUCCGAGCGGCCAUCCGAAGGAAGGAGCGGAAGAUGGACCAGAUCUCCAGGGAGAAAGGGGCCAUGGUCGAGGAAUCGAGAAAGAUCGCCAAGGCGUCUCUGCAGAUGAGAGACGGGGUCAGAGCCCUACACAGCCUUUCCUUCGAUCAGAUGGCUCUAGAGGCUCAACUCAACGCGAGCCUGCAUACGCGCAGCCAGUGAGGUGCCGACCGCCGGCCCUGACAUCCCGUCGCGCCGUAAGAUAGCGACACGUUCCUUCUCUAUAACUUGAAUAUCAACUGGCAUUGAUGAUAUAAAGUGGCUUUUCCCUCUCUC